UCGACAGCCCACAACAAGGGGAAACCAUCAGACAUGGCACUCAAGUUCGUCGUCCUGGCAGCCCUGGUGGCCGUGGCCCGCGCUGGCGUCAUCGCCAGCUACGGAGCCGCCCCCAUCGCGCACGCCGCUCCCGCCUACGCAGCCUACGCGACGCACGCCGCCCCCGCCUACGCGGCCUAUGCCGCCCCCGCCGUGGCUAAGGUAGCCGCGCCCGCCUACGCCUACGCCGCCCCCGCAGUUGCCAAGGUCGCCGCCCCCGCCGUUUACGCCGCCCCCGCCGUCGCUAAGGUGGCGGCCGCCCCCGUGGCUGUCGAGUACGACCCGCACCCUCACUACAGCUUCGCGUACGAGGUGAACGACGCGCACACCGGCGACCAGAAGUCGCAGCACGAGGAGCGCGACGGAGACGUCGUGAAGGGCAGCUACUCGCUGGUCGAGCCCGACGGCUCGGUGCGCACAGUCGAGUAUACCGCCGACCCGCACAACGGCUUCAACGCCAUCGUUCACCGCCAGGCAGGCGCUCACCCCGCCCCCGUCGUCGCCAAGGUGGCCGCCCCCGCCUACGCGGCCUACGCCGCCCCCGCCGUGGCUAAGGUGGCCGCACCCGCGUACGCCUACGCCGCUCCCGCUGCGCCCGUCGCCUACGCUGCCCACGCCGCCCCCGUCGCCUACGCGGCGCACGCCGCCCCCGUGGCUUAUGCCGCCCCCGCUGUGGCGAAAGUAGCCGCCGCCCCCCUGGCUCUCUCCUACGGAGGCCUGAAGCACUACUAG